AUGGCACCAAAUCCUUGCCAAAUCUUAUUGUUGGCCCUGUCAGGGGCGGUUCUUAUUGGCGGUAGUCAAUGUGCAAAUAUACUAGGAAUAUUCACAAGUGUGAGUCCUUCCCAUCUGAUUAUUCAGAUGUCGACAAUAAGGGUUUUAGCUGAAAAAGGACAUAAUGUGACAGUUAUAACAACACUGAAACCAACAGUAACUCAUCCAAACAUAAAUUUAAUACAAGUUCCUCUAACCCGGGAAGAGGAAAACAUAUUAAACGAAAUUUUAGCUGAGAUGACAAGAGCCGACAACAAAAAUUUCGUCCUCAAUAUGAUCAGCAUGUUCCAUCAAACUGGCUUCAUUUUUGAUAAAUUGGAAUCAGUAAUGUUUGACCAGAAAAUCAAGAAUCUGUACGAGAAUACAGAUAAUAAAUUUGAUUUAGUUCUUCUUGGCUACUUCAUGAACGGCUAUCAAUUGGGAUUGGCCCGGAAACUUAAGGCUCCAGUCAUAAUUGUCGAAACAAUACUACCAUCAGUGAUGCUCAGUGAUAUAAUAGGUAAUCCAAAUGAGUUGCCAUAUGUUCCAGAAUUUACUUUAUCUGUCGACAAGGGCAAGCCAAUGACGUUUUCACAGCGACUGGAAAAUGUUUUUUCAAAUCUGGCCUUCAAAGUAGCCUUAUUUCUCCAGGAGAGCAGAAAUGAAAAAGUCUACAAGUCACUUUAUGGCGAUGAUCCUGCGAUGCCCAGCUAUGAACAGAUGAAAAAGAAUGUGUCCCUCAUAUUCUUUACCUCUCAUGGUAUAAGUGAAGGACCCAUUCGUCCAAAUGUUCCUGGUGCUGUUGAAAUUGGUGGCAUUCAAAUCAAAGAUGACCCCGAUACUUUGCCAAAGAAUAUGGAAAAUUUCCUAAAUGAAGCUAAGCAUGGAGCUAUUCUAUUGAGUUUAGGAUCAAAUAUGAAAAGCUCUUUUUUAAGACCAGACCUUGUACAAAAAAUGUUUUAUGUUCUAUCAAAACUUAAACAGAAUGUGAUCUGGAAAUGGGAAGAUUUAGAGAAAACUCCCGGAAAGUCUGCUAAUAUACUCUAUUCCAAAUGGGUACCGCAAGAUGAUAUUCUGGCUCAUCCUAAUCUAAAGUUAUUUAUUACCCAUGCCGGCAAAGGAGGCAUUACUGAGGCUCAGUAUCAUGGAAAGUCCAUGUUGGCUCUUCCAAUUUUCGGCGAUCAACCUGCUAAUGCUGAAUCAAUGGUCAAAGCUGGCUUUGGCAUUACUCUGAAUUUAGUUACUUUAGAGGAGGAAUCCUUCAAUGAAUCUCUGCUGGAGUUGCUGGAGAAUCCUAAAUAUGCACAAGCAGUUGGCACAUUUUCGUCCCUCUAUAGAGAUCGUCCUUUGAGUGCACGGGAAAGUGUUCUCUAUUGGUCGGAAUAUGUGAUACGUCAUCGUGGUGCGCCUCAUUUGCAGAGCCCCGUGGUGCAUAUGGGUUUCAUAGCAUCUAAUAAUUUAGAUAUUUAUUUAUUAGUAGUCAUAAUUUUACUUAUUUCGUUGCUACUGCUAAAAAUUUUGAUUAAGUUUAUUUAUAAGAAAUUGAUAAACAAGUCCCAAAAAGGGAAGAAGGAAUAAGAAAAGACAACAAAACGAGUACAGUUGGACGAGUAGUUUUAAGCCUUCUGAAGAAUACGCAUUUUAUUAUCAAUAAACAGUUUAUUAAGAUAAA